CAUAGUGUUUGUUAAGCACUGCAGUGAGAUAAUUAAACUAACGGUAAGCACAAUUUAUUAAGAAUGCGUGUACGCAGUUAAGUAAUAACGAAGCAGCUAUUGUACUACUAGUUUUUAUAACCUAGUAACCACUAUGCAAUGUUUGGUCGUUUGGUGCCCAGAAAGAACGAGGUUGUGUUUGUAAAAGUUGCAAUUAUUUGGCACUGUAAUGGACUUUAGUUAUAACCUAGUACCUACUAAUUAAGAGUAUACUUGAGUUAUUUAUAUUAUCCAUCAGUUUGUCAACAUAUUAUAUUAAUGAAUGUGCUAAAUAAUAAUUGUUAUUCGAUGUUUGUAAUUAAAAUAACCAGCAUAAGUGGUUCGAUGUACCAUAAAUUAUAACCGCGUGACGCAAUACAUUUUUUAUUUCUGUGAUAUAAAAGAGUGAACACAAGUAGUUGUUAGACAUUGUUGUUGCUCACCAUUUUGGAAGUCUAUUGUUAGUCAGUCAGUAACUUUUUCAAUAUGAGCAGAUUUAAGUACACACAUGCGGGUGGUGUGUUGACAGAAGAACAAAGACAAUUCUAUGAAGAUAAUGGAUACAUCAUCAUAAGAAAUAACGUUAAUCAUGGUUUGCUUGAUGAAGUUCGACAAAAGUUUAUUGAUAUUUGUGAUGGUAAGGUUGACCCUGGUUUUAUGACAGUCAUGAAGGAUCCCUCUUUGAAAAAUAAAGGCGUAAAAGGUGAAUACUUGAUAAAUAAGAUACAAGACUGGCUGUAUGAUGAGGUACUAUUCAAGUACGCCAUAGACAAGCCGGUAAUAGAUAUUAUUUCUAGCAUAAUAGGCCCAAACAUUACCGCAGCAAAUUCCAUGCUUAUCAACAAGCCACCAGAUUCUGAUCCCGGCGCUUCUUUACAUCCGCUACAUCAAGAUCUCCACUAUUUCCCAUUUCGACCUGCAGGCAAAAUAGCUGCUUCAUGGACUGCAAUGGAAAGAGUUGACGAAAAAAAUGGUUGUCUAUAUGUAAUUCCAGGAAGUCACAAGGGACAAUUAUAUCCCCAUUCUUAUCCUAAGGGUUAUAAAAACCAAUUAUACCAUGGUGUGUACGGCUUGGAUCAUCUACCAAAGGUCAAUGUGGUAAUGGAAAAAGGUGAUACAGUGUUUUUCCAUCCUAUUCUUUUACAUGGGUCAGGACCAAACUACACAAAAGGAUUUAGAAAAGCAAUUUCUGUCCAUUACGCUGACAGUAAUUGCUACUUCAUUGACGUAAAAGGAACCACUCAAGAAAAUAUCUCUCAAGAAGUUGAAAAAAUUGCUGCAAAAAGGGGAGUCGCGGGGAUCUCGUUUGAGAAUGUCUGGAAAACAAAGAGUCGUUUAGUGACAGGAACUCCUGGCAACUUCCAAAACUUUGACAGUCACCUGUAACAGCAAAUUCGUUGCCACACUAAACUAUGGUGUAGCCUGUCGUUUGUUGAAAUAUUGAUGAACAUCGUUAUACAUGUAUAUACAUUUUUCUAAAUACCAAAACCGCUGGUUGUUAUUGAAUAUGAAUUAUUUUGCAAUAUUUUUUGUGAUUGGUAGUUGUUAUUUUACACAUUUAUUUAUUUAACGUUGAAGAAGUAACAAAUUUGCCUAUAACACUUUAGGAUAAUUGAGUUGUGCUCUGCCAAGAUUUUAAACUGAUAAGGAUGAGCGAUUAUUUAUUUUCAACUAAAGAGAUUCCAAAGAUCGUGAUUACAGUUUAAAAAAAACUUUUAGGAUUUUGUAAAAUAAAUGUGGUUUGGAUUGU